AUAAAGGCGGGAAGAGAUAUACUUCUGAAAUUGUAAAUAUGAUCAAGCAGUGGACCUAACUCCCAAACAAAAAACCCACAACUUUUAUCGUGAUUCAAGUUAAUAGAUAAUGGAUAAUCCCUCUUCACCUCCUGUAUAUCAGUCCCUCUUUCCUGACAAAUCUGAAAACAAACUGAAUCCAAAUGAAAUAGUUGGAUCUACGCGACUAGAUUCAGAAGAUCUGAAUAAAUCUGAUUCCAGUGAAAACGGGUUAGAUGCAGAAAAUAAACCAAACCUUACAUAUACAGUUGAAGAUGCUGUGGAGGCAGCUGGUUUUGGAAGGUUUCAGUUGAAGCUUUUCAUUUUAUGUGGAGCCAUAUCGGCUGCAGAUGCGAUGGAAAUGCUACUACUUUCAGUACUUGGUCCAGCAUUACGAUGUUAUUGGCUUCUGUCGUCAGGACAAGUCGCUGCCAUAACCACAGUUGUUUUUGCCGGGUUUUUAUUUGGAGCUCCUUUAUGGGGUUUUAUCGCAGAUAGAUUUGGUCGUUGGCCGACUUUAUUGAUUGUUUUAUCAAUGAUAACUUACUUCGGCAUCAUCACAAGUUGUGCCCCCACUUAUAUUUGGGUCAUAAUAUUACGACUUCUGGUCGGAUUCGCUAUUGGUGGUGGAAAUAGCAGCUUCACGUUAUUCUCCGAAUUUCUGACCGUUAAGCAUCGGGCCAAAGUUCUGUUAGCUUUCAAUCUAUUCUGGGCUUUUGGAAGCACAUUUGAAGUUGGUUUGGCAUACCUUAUUCUGCCAAGAUUUGGCUGGCGAUGGCUGGUGUUUGUUUCAGCCUUACCACUAUUGAUUUUCUUAUUUUUAUUGAGGUUUCUGCCUGAGUCUCCAAGAUAUCUUGUUGGUGCCGGCAAAACUGAAGAAGCUGAACAUAUUAUUGCAGAUUUGUUCCGUACGAAUCGGGUUGUUCCUCUUAGGGGUACUCUUGUAUCAUCCACUGUACCUAUACGAGAUAGAGGCAGUAUAAAAGGAAUGUUUGGGAAAACCUAUUUAGUGACUACACUAAUGUUGCCGAUUGUAUGGUUCAGUGCAGCAUUUGUUUAUUAUGGUGUCGUUCUAUUAAGUGCUGAAAUAUUUCGCUUCAAGCACUCUUGUUUUGGUAAACCUAUUCUAACCCCAGACUAUCAUGGUAACCUGAGCCAUUUUAACGUCCCACCACUUCUGGAAACUUCAAGCCAAAUAGACAACUUUUGUUGUAAAGAGUUGUCUGAUGAUGAUUAUGUCGCUAUGUUAGUCUCUUCAAUUGGUGAAUUUGUUAGUAUACCAUUAAUGAUUUUCAUGGUCGACUUAGCUGGAAGAAAGAUUACUUUGGCUACGUGGAAUGGACUUAUAGCUGUUCUGUUUAUGUUACUUUAUCUUUGUAUGCCUAAGUCAGCCUUAACAGCUCUAUUAUUUGUUUUGCGUGCUUUGUCUGCCGGUUUAUUUAGUUGUGCAUACGUUUACACAACGGAGGUCUAUCCUACAACUGUUCGUGCAGUAGCUGUCGGGAUGUUCAGUUCGAUUGCCCGAUUGGGUGCAAUGGUCACACCUUAUGUAGCUCAAGUAAUGAUGCCAGAAGUGUCGGAAAUUGGAGCUUUAUCUUUAUAUGCCUCUGUAACCCUGAUAGUCUCAAUUGUAUCCCUUUUCCUACCAAUAGAAACAAAAGGGCGUCAGCUACCUGUAUGUUUUAUAUAUUAUUUUUCGUUGCUUAGUUCUUUACAUACGAAAAUUAGUUUCAUAUUUGACCUUAACCCCAAGCAACUUGUUGAAUAAUAUACCAAGGUCGUUUGUGUAUGGUAAUAACUGUUGUUCAUUUGUGUGUGUGUGUGUGUACACACUGAUUACUCGAUGAGACAGACUGCUAACAUUGAAUAUUUACAAUAAAGUACUCAGUUUAAAGGACGGUUCACAUGGUAACUAGGUGAAGAAACUGUAAAUAACUCUUCUGUUUUUUUCAUAUAACUACCUGUCAUAAUGUGUAUGCGAUUCCUUUUUUUCUGAAACCAGCCUACCCUGUGUAAAGGAGAAAGGUUGGUCAUAAGCUCAGCAUCCCCAUCCCGUAGAAGACAACCUUGCUAAAAAAAAUUCUAACCACAAUAAACGAUUUGAACCAUUUAAACUGCCCUGGAUGUUAAAGCAUCUUUAUUCAAAAAAAUUAUGACGCCUCAUGGGGAAAACCGAUGCUUCUUCUAACAACCAGAGCAACAAUUAAUAUAGGUACAUGGAAUGUUCGGACAAUGUGAGAGGCCGGCAGAACUAAUCAAGUAGCUACAGAAAUGAGGAGAUACAACUUGGAGGUGCUCGGAAUCAGUGGUACCCAUUAGACCCAAGCUAGACAGAAAACGUUAGAUUCGGGAGAGAUGCCCCUCUACUUUCGUCAUGAAGAAGAAAAUAACUCGCACACUUAAGGAGUUGCGCUGAUGCUUUUUAAAGAAGCACGUUAUGCACUUAUAGGAUAGGAAUCUCAUGUACCCAGGAUCAUCCGCAUCUUUCAAAACAAGGCAGGAAGGAAUCACAAUGAGUGUUUUCAGUGUUACGCGCCCUUCACUAAUAGUAACGACAAUGAUAAAGAUCACUUCUACGAGAGGCUGCAAUCGAUUAUAGCGAAGUGCUCAAGGAGGGACUCGACCAUCCUGAUGGAAGACCUAAACGCCAAAGUCUGAAUGGACAACACCGAGUAUGAAGAUAUCAUGGAACAAUGUGGACUGUGAGGAAGGAACGAGAAUGUUAGGGGAUUUGAAAAUUUAUGUGCAUUCCCCCACAAAUGCAUACACAAAGCUACAUAGGUCUCACCGGAUAACACUACACGGAACCAGAUCGAUCAUAUUUACAUCAGUAAAAAAUUCAGCAGGUCAAUGGAAAGACGUGGGAACCAGGAGAGGAGCUGACAUAGCUUCAGAUCACCACCUAGUUGUGACUACCAAAAUGAAACUGAAGUUAAAGAAACACUGAACGUCUGGGGAAACAGUCAUACGAUGGUUCAAUGCAGCCUUCGACAUACUGACAAACUCAACGAAUUCAAGAUAACUCUCAACAACAGGUCCCAAGUCUUGCAAGAUCUACUGAGAGAAGAAGAAAAUACUAUGCAGGACAAUUGUAAAGGAAUCAAAGAAGCACUAGCUUCAAUGUAACAGGUGGUCCUGAGCAUCACAAAGCAUCGUCAUAAGGAAUGGGUCUCUAUGGAAAACCUGUACAAGUUUCAGG